AUGGAGAUGUUCUAUUCUUUCUCGAACGGAUUCAUCUCCUUCGAUGUCACUCGCCCAACUCGCCAAGGUAUCAGGACUGCCUUACUCGAUUCAGAGGAGCACAUCUGCAUCACAUGCAAACAAUCAGAUGUUUCACCUGAUAAUCUAAUUGCCAACAAAUUUCUUCGACAGGCUGUGAAUAACUUCAAAAAUGAAACAGGAUACACCAAACAUGUACGCAAGCAGGUCCAACAUGCAGCACGGCCUCCGCCUCGCCUCCCGUUGUCCAGACCACUGCCCUCAAGACAGCAGGACCCACUGCUGGCCAAUGUCACUCACCCACCCCCUGCAAGCGCACCCACUGUUGCACCUCAAACACAAGUCCAGCCCCCUGCACCCGCUCCUCCUGUUCCUGCAGCUGCAACUGCUACUACUACUGCUGCUCCUACUCCUCCUCAUGCUGCUGCUGUCGAAGUUCCAGAUGUUCCACCAGCUCCUUCACCUGUCCCUGACCAACAUUCUCCUAUGCACUCUAACACCCAGGGUGAACCACCCCCACCUGGUGAAAUGGAUCCAGAACCUACUGUGACGCGAAGCCCAGAGAGUACCCCAGAAAUUGGACCACAUGGCUACCAUUUAUCUGUUCUUGGCCACCCACCACCGACAAGGCCACCUCAUCCAUCAGGUCACCAGUCAAGGCCCCAUCACUCUCACCGAGGGGGAGGCAGACAUUGGGAGAGGUCCUACAGAGGUAGAGGAGACCACCCCCCGGCCCACCUCAAUACAGCUCCGCCUCCUGGACCUGCUCCUCCUGUGUACCCGUCUCCAUCCCUGUACCCACCCCCACCACAGCCCUACCCUCCUCCCUACACUUCUGGCCUUAUCCCUCCUCCUCCAAUUGGUUACCCACCCCAGCCAAUUUAUGCCCCUGGACCACCUGGGCUUAACCCUCCCUGGAUCCCCCCUGGUGUCCAGCCCCCUCUAGCCCACCUUGGACCCUCCCUCUCUCAGCCCCCCCUCUCUAAGGAAGAUUUCUACAGACAAAGGCACCGACAGGACAAAACUACGUCCAAACUGGAUGAAUUUACUAAAGACUUCCACAAAGAGCUUAUGAAGUACAGAAAUCCACCAAAGAGACGAAGACCAUCUUAUUCCAGGUCCCGGUCAUUCAGUCGUUCUCCAUUCAGCCGCUCUCCUUACACUCGCUCUAGAUCAAGAUCUAGAUCCAGGUCUUACUCUUAUUCCCCAAGUCGAUCCCGCUCCCGUUCACGCUCUCAUGGUCGGUCUUUUCCACGCUCCCCUUAUUCCAGACACAAUGGACGCAGUUACGGACGUUCACGGUCAAGGUCCCGCUCACGCUCGCGGUCUUAUGGGUAUCGCCGUUCUGGCUCUCCACGGUCUCCUCCUCCCUUCCGGGCAGGCCCCUGGGAGGGAGCAGAAGGAGCAGGACCCUUCAGGUCCCGGUCUCGCUCCCCUGGUGCCUUCCGGGGCCGCAGCCCUGGUGGACGGAAGCCACCUCCUCGGGAGCUGCCGCCGUAUGAACUAAAGGGACCAAGUCCUGGAGGACAUGAUCGCUGGGAGAGAGAAAGGUAUCGGCAAUGGGAAAAGGAGUACACAGACUGGUACAACAAGUAUUACAAAGAUUAUGACAACCAACAUCCCUCACUGCAUCACAGAGGUCGUGGCAGCAGAGACAGGGAGAGGGACAGAAUGUCUCCAUUACCCAGAGAUUACUCCCCUCAGGGCAGAGGAAGAAGAGGGAGAGAAGAGAGAGGUGCUCCCCCUCACCAUCCUCCAUCCUCUUCAUCAUCAGGGACUAAGUCCAGCACAAAAGUCCUUAAAACAAAGAAAGUAAAAAAGAAGAAGCCUGGGGAGGAACCUGAGCCAUCACACCAGUCAGCAGACAGAGGUGAUGCUACUCCUGUCAGAGAUGAACCAAUGGAUGAAAUCCCCAUCAAUAAAACGCCCCCGAUCACCUCAAAACCUGCAUCUGGCUCCGCAGUCGCCAAAGCUCCUACUUCUAAAAGUCUUGCUGCACCUGUUAAACCCUCAAACAAGCCCACAUCCAAGACCCAGUCUGAUAAGACCAGGAAAGAGAAGGGUCAGAAAGUAAAACCCAAAGUGAAGACAGAGGGUGUGAAAGCAAAGAACGACAAGGUAAAGAAAAAGACCGGAGAAGUAGUGGCCAUCAAAAAGAAAGAGUCCUCGUCCUCCUCCUCCUCUGUCUCUAAACCAGUUAAGACCGUCAAAGCAAAGCCAGAAGAUAAUUUCAACUCAACUACCCCCAAAAAGGAAAAGAGUAAAAGUUCUACAGUGAGGCCUCCCUUGCUUAAGACCCCUCCACUGUCCUCACAGACCCUGCCUCUACCUCAUUCUUCUCUUCAUGAUGGCCCUCGACUCAGCCAUGACAUUCGGGGAAGAAGAGAUCUUCCACAAAGUAGUGGUCUCCUCCCAAUCUCCCAUCCACAUGGACUCCCACUCCUCCAUCGACCUCCCUCUCCGGUGGAUGGUCGGAGGAGGAUGGGGGAUGAGGGCCGCUCUUUACUGGGACCUCCUCCUGGAAAGCUGCGGAGGAUUGAUGGGCUAGGGAGUGGUGGCGACGUCCUCUCCCACUCACACAUGUCUCACCAGCCCCCGCUCCACAGACUCCAGCUCUCUUCAGACAGACCUGGUCUUCUUCCCCUGCCUGGGAGCCGUGAGAUGAUGCGAGACACAGAUCGAGGACCCAUUAGACCUCUAAUGGACCUGCCGAUGCCACUCACCCAGAGGAGGAUCAAGUUGAACAGAGAUCUGGGGAGAAAAGGCAGCACUGAGACACCUGCCUCGGACAGAGCACCAUUAGGUCCUGAUAAGAUGUCGUCCACCUCAGACCGAUCAGCUUCUUCAAACGUUUCUGAAGGUGACAGAUCCAACUGUACAACAGAAGGGGCUGGACGAAAGGAGCGUUCUGCAUCUGCAGAGAGGAAAGUCUCUCGAGAAAGACCAGGGAGCGCUGCAGAGAGACUGCAGGGCUCAGACCGAGAGCAGGACAGAGUCUCGGGACCAGAAAGAGAUCGAGACAGAGCAUCUGGAUCAGACAGAGACAGAGCGUCUGGAUCAGACAGAGACAGAGUGUCUGGAUCAGACAGAGACAGAUGUGUUGGUUCUGAAAGAGAGAGAGAGAGGGACAGGGUUUCGGGGUCGAGCUCACAGAAAGUACCAGUGACGGCGGAGAGAGAUGGCGAAAGAGAGAGGUCAGCGAGGACAGAACGAAGGACCUCCAGUGGUGGAAGUGGAGGAGGGCGGUCGGUCUGUCUGGAUAAAGUGACCAUUGGUGAGAAAUCAGCUACCACCAGGACACCGGACCAUCAGGAGAAACCAAGCGUGUCCUCCAAGGAGAGAAGUGAAGGUUCAGACAGAAAUAUGAAAUCUGACAGGAGUGUGUCCAAAGACAGAACAGAGAGGGUUGUCCCCUCAGGAGAGAAACCAGCUGCUGCUCAGAAAGACGGGAAAGAUGGCGAAGGGUCUGUUGUGAAGAGCAAACCCAGGAUCAGUCGAAAGGUUCUGACGAGUCACAGCAGCUCCACCAGCUCUCGAUCGACUCAGGAGACAAAGAGAAGCUCGGAGAAAGACCAGAAGAGCGUAUCCUCUAAACCUGCCGAGCUGCCCCCCAGUAGCCCUGUGAACUCCAGAGGCCGCAGCCCCAGUGUCAGCCCAGCAGUCAGCCUGGCCAGAGAGGAGCCACUCAUUCAGCCACCUCCUCGCUCCAAGUGGGAGAGAGAGGAUGAUGAAGAAGGGCAGGAAAAUGGAGCCACUGAGCCCAAGGAGCCUUCACCGGUGCCUCAGAGGAGCCGAGGCAGAGAGGGGCAGACCGAAGCUCCUAAACCAGUCAAGAGUGAAAGCCGGGAGUCUGUAAGGGAGGAGAGGAGGGGACCUGUGAGGGAGGAAAAGAAAAUGAGAGCACCAAGGGAAGAGGGUAAGGGUGGUAGGGUGGCACAGGUGAAUUCUGACAAACCAACCAAAUCAAAAAUGGUGAGGGAGGAGGGAAGAGGGUUAAGAGAUGAAGGGAGAUCUGCAGCGAGGGAGGAGGGGAGAGGAACGACUGGGAAGGAGGAGAGAUCAGCAGAAGGGAGAGGACGGGAGGAGAGUCGUGGCCCAGAGCCCAGGAGACAACGUUUGUGUUCUGACCUGGGACGUGAGACAGAUGAGGCCGCCUUCGUCCCCGACUACAGUGAAGGCGAAGGCUCGGAGCCGGAGAGAGGAAGGAGCGGCAGCCCCAGCCUGUCCGUCAGCCAACCCUCCCGAAGCGCCAGCCCGAGCAACCCCAGCGACUCAGGCACCACCACCACUGCAGACAAGAAAAAGAAGAAACACAAGAAACACAAAAAACACAAAAAGCACAAGAAGCACGGCAGUCUGGAGAAAGCAGAAUCCAAGGAGCACAAGCACAAACACAAGAAGAAGAAACACAAAAAGAACAAAGACAAAGAUGCGGAGGAAGAGGAGGAGAAGACGGAGAAAACAGAAGAGCAGGCUCCAUGCUAACAGGAGGUCACCGAAAUCUGGAACCACCUUUGUUCAUAAGGAGCGUAGGAGUUUAAAUUUCCCUGGCACUGAUGGAGGGUUUGUCUCUUUGUCCCUGCUGCUCUCCACACCUUCACUUCACUGUGUUGUGUCUGGACUGCAGCAAAAUGUGAGCGCUGCUGAGCUUUCUAAAACUCUGUGGCGACGUUGGGUCAAGAUGUUGUGCUGCACUAUUGUGACCGACCGAGAGCCAGACAAAAAGAACUUGAUGAUAAUAGCUGAUCACGCAGCAGUGAAUCUAAAUGAUAGGAGUAAUAAACUGUACUCAGGGAUGUGAUUGCUUAUUUGUGAAGGAGAAAUUGCUGUUUCUCUGCCUCUGAUUUAUUUGUAAAUAGAGAUGAUGAUGACAUGAUAAUUUUUCCUAGGUUUGUUUUUUGCUCACAUCCCUCCUGUGCUGUUCAAGGCUUCAACACUGGGUAACCUUCAGUGCUGUGCCUCUGUAAGCUUGUUUUGCAGUAUUGCAUGUUUUAGCACAUUGACAUAACUAUGAAUUUUCCACUUUGCUUUACUGCUAACCAUUUUCAAGGUAAUCUCAUUUUUUGGACAGCCGUGGGUUCAACUCAUACCAGGUUAUUUGUAUGAUUUACUAAAUUUCCAUCAAGGCAAUGUGGUAAGUUUCAUUCAUUUAAUUCUCAGACACUGAAGCAAUUUGGUGCUCCUAAGUGAAUUCCAGUGGCUCCCCCAGAAAAGGUGAAAGUUGUGGUUAGCAGUAAAGUUUGUGAAUAAUGGGCUUACAUUUGUAAAAAAGUUUUUUCCUUAAUUUAAAGCAGACCACUCGUGCUACACUGGAUUGUUUAAAUCUAGGAUGUGUUUACUAAAAAUAGCAAAUCAGUCUGCAUGUUUUUGUUCCAAAGGUGCAGUAGCUGUCAUGUUAUGUGAGCGCGUGAAUGUGUGCGAUGGUUUGAAAGUGAAAUGUGACAGAAAGAGGAGAAUUUGAGGAACUGAUGUUCUUACAAAUGAGUUGUUACUUCCCUUUUUUUUUUAAUUAAAAUGUUUUGACCAGAUGAAAA